AUGGCGCGGCUCAGGUUGGGCCUUGGCCUUGGCCGGCUGGGCCAAGGCUUUCUUUGCGGCUCUCUCUUCAGCUUCCUCUUCGGCUACGCGGCGGCGCAGGAGGCUCCCUGGGCCGCCAGCAAGCAGUGUCCCGAGAGGUACGACAGCAACGGCAUGUGGAAGGGCUCGAGGCUCGUUGGGGGGAACUACACGCUCUACUGCGCCCCGGGCUUCGAGGUCUCGGGGCCCAACGGAGGCCCCAGCCGCUCCUUGACAUGUCCGCCGAGCCUGGUGUGGCUGGAGGAACUCCACUGCAAGAACGUGGAUGACUGCGCCAAGCUGAGGCACGGUUGCGGUGCCCUGGGCAUCUGUUUGGACCUCAUUGACGGCUACGACUGCAACUGUGAAAACGGCUUCUACACGCGACACUACCUGGAUUCAGAGAUCGUCUGCGGCCCAAAGGGCAUCGACAAGGACGUCUGCCAUGGCCAUACAUGCGGAGCUUACGGCGUCUGCAUCGACCUUGUCGGCAAUGCUUCCGGCUAUGAUUCGGCUAAGGGAAUCUACCGAUGCGAGUGCACGGAUGGAUUCUUCGACAACGGUGUGACGUGCGAGCGCCAAGACUGCGGCAACAAGUCGGAUCCCUUGGGCACCUGGCUAGGCAGCACGAAGUUCGGCGACGAGUACACUCUCAGGUGUCCGCCUGGCUCCUACAUCUGGGGCGGCGCGCUGCAGGAGGUCACAAUGUCCUGUGGCGCUUCUGGGCAGUGGCUGUCGGACUAUUGGUGCGUGAACCCCUUGGACAAGGAAGCCCAGAGCCGCAUGGCGACGAUGGAGCUUUGGCUGGACGUGGCUUCGGUGCUGCUCUGCGUCCUCUCCGCUGCCUUGGCCGCGGGCCUCACGCUGGGUUUGGCCACGGUGGAGCCCUUUGGCCUCCAAGUCAUCCUCGCGGCGCGGCCCGAGGAGCGCAACUUUGGGAGCUCCCACCGGGCUGCUCAGCUGCUCCACUGCUGA